GAGAGGAUAAGUAGCUGCCAGCCUUGCCCAGCUGCUCUCUGCAUCCUCCCCACCUCCCCAGCAAAAUGCGUCUUGCCCGUGUGCUCGGCUCCUGCUUCCUGCUCCUGCUUCUGGGAGCCUUGCCUGGAUGGGCAGCCAGCGAUGACCCCCUUGAGAAGGUCCUUGAAGGGAUCAACCGAGGGCUGAGCAAUGCAGAGAGAGAGGUGGGCAAGGCCCUGGAAGGCAUCAAUAAUGGAAUCACGCAAGCCGGAAGGGAAGUGGAGAAGGUUUUUAAUGGACUUAGCAGCAUGGGGAACCAGGCCGUCAAGGAGGUGGACAAAGGCCUCAACAGCGGCUUGGACAAGGUAGCCCAUGGGAUCAACAGUGGCACCGGACAAGCAGGGAAGGAAGCAGAGAAGUUUGCCCACGGGGCCAACAACGCUGCUGGACAGGCCGGAAAGGAAGCAGACAAAGUGGUCCAAGGGGUCCACGAUGGGGUCCAGCAGGCCGGGAAGGAGGCAGAGAAGCUUGGCCAAGGGGUCCAACAUGCUGCUGGCCAGGCCGGAAAGGAGGCGCAGAAACUUGGCCAUGGUGUCCAGCAUGCUGCCGGCCAGGCCGAGAAGGAAGUGGACAGGUGGCAGCAGAAUGUUCAUAAUGGGGCCAACCAAGCCAGCAAGGAGGCCAACCAGCUGCUGAAUGUAGUCGCCCCAGAGGCCACCGGGGAGCAAUGGGUGACAGUGGUGGUGACGACUCUGGGCUUCCAUUCACAGGGCGGACAAGGCGGCUCUACCGGGCAGCACGCAGGGGGCGUAACCACUACAGUAGCAUCUGGAGCCUCGGUCAACAGGCCCUUCAUCAACUUUCCGGCGCUGUGGAGGAGCAUCGCCGCCAUCAUGCCCUAA